AGGGGUAAGUGUUUUAAAACCAUAAUCUUGAUGCUUUUGCAGUUGUGUUGGUUUUGUUUACCAGGACGCUCCAAAUCAGGGCCCUGUUUCAUGUCGCUACGUGGGUUACUCAGCUGACCAAUUCGUUUGUUGACAUUUGUGGAUAAACUCAGGAUUUUCGGUUUCACGGAGCUACUUCACUGUUUAGCCAGAAAUGUACCGAGGCGAGGUACAUUAUUAUUAUUAUUAUCAUUAUUAUUAUUUAGCGACGCUGAAAAUAUAGGAGUAAUAUUUAACUGUGUUAGUUAACUUGCUUUAUUCAUAUAGUACAACGUACAGUGCUUCCCGUUUGAAGACAAUAGUAAAAGCAAAAUGAAACCAACUAGCAGGACACAGGAUUACACAGUAAAUACAGUAGUAAAUAAUUGGAAAAUUCAAACAAGGUAGAGAAGAAAAUGAAGAAAUAAAAUGAGAACCAGACAACCAUUAAAGCCAAAGAAAUGAAAAUAUAAGUAGCCUAAAGGUAGAGUAGCUGUACUUAGCACGGAAAGUCUGCAUUGCAUCCAAAAGGCAUGUCAUGGUGUUCAUCAGAUUUCCUGGUUUUGCAAGGGUGAACACUAUUAAGGAAGGUUUCAAUUGCAAGAGGGUUUCGCAAUGGUAGUAUUUACAUGGGCUAAUCACUAAUAAACUAAUGUUUUCAUUGUGUUUCCAAAUGCCCCGUGAGGUUAACCCACUAACUUGCACAUUACCUAGUUAAAAAUGCAGAAUUUCAAUAAAGAGGCAAUGCGGUAUGUUUUUAUGUUUAACUUCGACCUGCUGCCAGCUCUUUUUGUAGCUGCUGUCGCAUGCACUGACAAAUAAUAUAGUUUGAUGUUUCAGUGUGUGACAGCAAAGAGCAGAAAGCUUCCUCUCAUUUUGGCUGCUGUAGAUAGACUACAUGGCCAGAAGUAUGUGGACACCCGAACAUCACACUUGUUCCAAAAUCAGGGGCAUUAAUAUGGAGUUGGACCCCUCUUUGCUACUAUGACAGACUCCCACUCUUUCCACUUGUUUUGGAACACGCCUGUUGGUCUGAUUCAUCACUCCAGAGAAAGCGUUUCCACUGCUACAGAGUCCAAUGGUGAUGUGCUUUACACCACUCAAGUCAACGCUUGGCAUUACACAUUAAGUUUGUGUGUGGCUGCUCGGCUAUGGAAACCCAUUUCAUGAAGCUCUUGACUAAAACAGUUCUUGUGCUGAUGUUACUUCCAGAGGCAGUUUGGAACUCGGUAGUGAGUGUUGCAGUCGAGGACAGAUUUUUAUGUGCUACACGCUUCAGCACUCAGCAGUCCCGUUCUGUGAGCUUGUGUGGCCUACCACAGAACGUUGUGGCUCCUAGAACGUUACCACUUAAGAAUAACAGCACGUACAGUUGAUCGGGGGAGCUGUAGCAAGGCUGAAAUUGAACAAACUGACCUGUUGGAAAGGUGGCAUCCUAUGGCAGUGCCAUGGUGAAAGUCACAGAGCUCUGCAGUGCGACCCAUUUUACUGUCAGUGUUUGUCUAUGGGACUUGCAUGAAUGUAUGCUUGAUUUUAUGUUCCUGUUAGCAAUGGGUGUUGCAGAAGUAGCCAAACCGUCUAAUUAGAAAGGCUGUCCACAUACUUUUUGCACUUACGUUUGUUUUUCUAGUUAGGAUUGCUUUCUCUUGAGUUCUUUAUUUUAGAGGUGAAAUAAUAUGCCCUCCAGUGUUGACAUAAUUUCAUGAUCUACAAGCUCAAAACGUAAUUAUUUAUUCUUUAUACCCGGUUAUUACUGGUCAGGGUUGCGAGAGGUACUGUAGCUUGUCCCAGCAUGCAUUGGGCGAGAGACAGGAAUACAUCGUGGACAGGUCGCCAAUCUAUUGCAGGGAACUCCAGAUAUCAGUUUGCUCAUUUAGCAGUAUCUACUGAAUCACACAUGAGAGUGGAAUUCAUUUUAGAGAUGGAAAACUUGGUACUGGUCCAACAUUACUUCUCUAUCAACUGGUCAGUGAAAUUACAGCGAGUUAAAGAUGUAGCUAAAUAAAUUAACAACGGCGCUAUAGUGUCACUCAUCUUGCAGGACUCUUAUGGUUGUUCACUAAAUUAAUCUAUGAAACAUCUGGAAAUCCAGUAAAUAUGCUGAAUAGGGUUCCAUCAAAUGUAUUGUAUUUUUAGGCAUAUAGCAAUAUUUGAGUUGAUUAAUUAAUUUUCAGCGAGGUAGCCUCAUUGACAGUGGCUAAGCGAAAUCGAUAAUGAUUCUAAAAAUCUUACUUUUUAAAGAUUUAAUCCCAUCUUCUACUGAGACUUUUGUCGUUUAUUCAGGGCGUGUCAAAUUUUCUGACCACUGACCAUCCAAAACUUUCACUUAACGUACUGGCCUCAUAUGGUGGUCAAUGCAGGCUAACAACACACAAGCACUUACUACUGGUAGGUUUAUCACCUGCUGAGAAGUCUGAGGGGAAAUGUUGAGCUCACAGUCAUACACUACUGUCUACAUAUAUUACUGAAUGCAAGCCCAAUAUUGUCUACUUAAAUGAUGGUUGGUCACGAAGGAGCCAGUCUAAAGCUGCUGUUCACAGUUAACUGUUUAAUACAUGAAGACUACAUGCCAAUGUUUUAUUUUUUUAUUGAUACGUAGUUUUUAAAAACCCUUUGAAGAGUAGGAUUUUUGAAAUGUUCGUUUUUUCCCCAAAAUGUAUAAGUCGGUGUUCUAGAACUCUGUUGCUUUCAAUUACUAGUUCAGAGCAUUCUAAUCACAUAGUUGUGAUCUUACACUGGAAUAAGUUGUUAAAGGAGUGGAGGAUUUCUUUCUUUGAAUGGUAUCAAAUUAGGUGUGGAGAAUCAUAGAAUAUUCCUAGUAUUGAUAUUGACUACCAAGAUUUUGGUAUCGAUUUUUGAAUUUCUUUUAGGCAAGUAACUUAGGCAGUGAGAAAUCUACCAUCUGUGUCUGACUAUCCUAAGAUUCCUUGGUUAAGGGGAGGCACCACCGUCAAAAACGAUGAUUUUGGUCCAUAUGUCAAUUUGGUUAUUUUCUAAUAUUUUGCUUCUAUUACUUGUGUAGUUUCAUGAAAUGAACAAACUAAAGGUAAAUGAUCAUUAUAAAUAGUUUGCCUACUUUAGAUGAUUAUACAACACCAUUGUCAAGUACACAAAGCAUAAACUGAGCUUAUGAUAGCAUCUUUUAUGAUUAAAUGCCUCCGCAGUAUUAAAACUGACCUGGUUGAAUCAUGUAUCGUUAAAAAGUUGUUUCCUGGAUCGUACUGCUAGAAUGAGCAUAUGUGGCUAUUUCCUUUGCUGUCACUGUGAGGAUCGAUGAAAUACUAGCAGAACUCUUUGAUUUCAUUGGCUACUAGCGUUUAAAGGUCCCUUUAACUGCCAUUUUUUCAAAACUGUAUGUUGCCCUUUGGGUAUUCAAUUUAUCUCAACUUUAACAAUAGAUACAGCUGCAUAAUUUUACAUACUACUUCUUAAAUGUUAUAGCUAGGGUGUGUCACAGGCUUUUUUUGAUAUGUUUUGUCAUUUUCAUUUUUAUUUUAUUUUAUCAGUAAAAAUAGGUCAAAAAUUUUUUUUUUCAGCAUAUACAUAUUGUUAUAGGAAUUUAUUUUAAAAAACUGUAUUUUGACAAAAGCCUCUGACAAGCCCUAACUAUUGAGUUAUUGAUCACAUAAAAAAAAAAAAAUCAGGUCAGAUUUUACCAUGUAUUUGUGUCUUUAUUCAACUGGUAAAAUUUCAUUUUGAUAUGAGUAAAGGAAUUUUUUUUCCUAUUAAGGGGUGGUGCCUCCCCUUAAAGGGGAAUUGCACUUUGUAACACUUCUGCUUCUCAUGACUGAUGAAUGUGUCACCCUUCAUUUUUAAAUUAAUUACUUCAUUUUAAGUGUCUAACGUUAGAAAGAAAGAUCUAUUUCUUUUUGUAGCGUAACUCCACAUAGUAGUAUGGUUUCCGGUUAUUUCUUCUUCAAUUUCGUUUCGCGGCAAAACCGAGAAGAGGCGAAGCAAAACAUUCCGUUAACUUAGCGUUGAAAUCGGACAAACUAACAUUCUUUUGUUUGAUACGAUAUAAGACCAAUAAUAAUGAGGUGCAUUGUACCUGGUUGUUAUAAUGCCCCCGUUAAACUUGCCUUGAAAGGACAUGUUCAUAGUUGUCCACCUGAUGCAACUUUGUGCCAGAUAUGGCUGGAUGUAAUCAGACACCCCAACAUAACAGCCGAAGAAGUUCGCAAACGAGGACUUAGAAACGUAAUGCUCAAUGGACUUAAUGCAGUGACCACUUUGAAGCCACCGAUUACCAAGGCGACCGUCUGAAGCCUGGAGCUGUACCCACCGUUUUCCCAUCAUUGGUCGAACCGCUCGAGGAGCUGCACUUGUGCACACCUUUGAGCAGCAGUAUGAUGCAGGCAGGAGUCUGUCUGAGACAGGACACUGAGAUAACACUACCAGAGCUCACUGAGCAGCACAGGAUCAGACCGAAAGAAGAGGAACUCAGUGGACUGGAGUCUGUCCACAUGGCAGAGUCAGAGACAGAGUGUGCUGCAGCAGGACUCAACACACUGGAGCCAGAGUGUGUUACAGCACACAGCGGGGUCAGUGAUGUACACCUUACACAUGCAUCCCUGAUUAAAACAGAAACUGAUCUGGGCUCCACCCACACUGGGAAUCUUAAGACUGAGAGCCUAGACAGUGCAGAGCUGGGAUAUGUAACCCAUCUGCAUCCUGACCAAAUCAAAACAGAGACUGAUGAUGGAGGAUACCUUAAGGCAGAACACUUCAGUGACUCGCAGGAUUUUAAUUUUAAGUCUGAUAAAAUGAAGUGUGAAUACAAUGAAAGUUUAGCGAGUGAUCUCACAAAUUCUGCGAUGAAUGGAGCUGGUUCCUUUCAAAACAAGAUAAUUCACAGGAAUAAAUGUGAAAUUAAUACAGAUGAAAAGCCGUACAAGUGUAUGCAGUGUGAGAAGCGUUUUCGUGCAAAAGCUGAUUUAAAAACACACCUGAGAAUUCAUACAGGUGAAAAACCCUACAGAUGUUUUGAAUGCAAGAAGUGCUUUUCCCAACUAGGUCAUUUAAUUUCUCACCGGAGAGUUCAUACAGGUGAAAAGCCCUACAAUUGUAAUCAGUGUGGGAAGUGUUUUUCCAAAAUGACUAAUUUAAGUACCCACUUGAAAAUUCAUACAGGCGAAAAACCAUAUAAAUGUACGCACUGUGGGAAGUGUUUUUCCCGCAUAUCUAAUUUAAGAUGCCACCUGGGUUCUCAUACAGGUGAAAAGCCAUACAAGUGUUCUUGUUGUGAGAAGUGCUUUACCAGAUUAUGUCAUUUAAAUCGCCACCAGAGAAGUCAUACAGGUAAUCCCUACAAUUGUUAUCGGUGUGAGAAGUGCUUUUCCACGAAAAAACUUUUAUAUGUACAUCAGAGAAGUCAUACAAGUGAAAAGUGUACUCAGUGUGGGAAGUGUUUCGGAACAAAUUCAGCUUUAAUUAGACACCUGAGAAUUCAUACAGGUGAAAAGCCCUACACGUGCAUUCAGUGUGGGAAGUGCUUUUCUCAAAGAGCUCAUUUAUGUGGCCACAUGAAAAUUCAUGCAGGUGAAAAGCCUUCCGUACACGUUUAGUUUUUCAUUUAGAAAAUAAAUAAAUAACUAUUUUAAAUGACUGCCGAAAAGUUUGUACAGGUGGGAGAUUCUUGUGGGAAGUAUUUUAUGAAAGCCUACUUUGUGAUCUGGGCUAUUUUGUGUAGGAAGUGUUUCUGGUGUUCAUCCAAUGUAAAAUAACACCUGAAAAUUUAUUCAAAAACCCCUUCUUAUCUUUUCAUUAAAACUCGAC